UGAAUUGAUACCAUUUUCCCCUUCUAUUUUGGCUUGGUUGAUCAGUGGGUAUCAGUAGUACCGUGUAAUGGUUCGCGUUUAGGUUUGGUACCUGGCAAGGAACCAUGCCAGCCAGUAUGCUAAUGCUUCAUUCGUACCUAUGUAUGGUCUGCCUUUUUUCGGGCUCUACAGUGAGACGAAGGGCCGAGAAGGUCUAGCCUCCGGCUCCGAACAUCGUCACUAGACACCGGUAACGUGAGGCUACCUAAGGUAGACAAGUAUACGGCCCCCAAUCGAGAUGAAUAUAAAAACUACUCUGCCCUAUAUUCAAGAGAGUUAUUUAAGUCUACUAGCUCAUUCUUAUUCUUCAACUAUUCACUAGUUACUAGUUAAUUCUUUAUAUACUCGCAAGUUGGUUUAACAAGUAGACAUCUUCACCACAUACCUAACACUAGAAAUCAGGUAAAUAAGUUGCGACUAACCAAUAAGAAAAUACAAUUUCGAUAACCAUGCCCGCCAACGUCCUCAUCAUCGGCGCCGGUAUCUGUGGCCCUGCUUUAGCGACGCUGUUACGCCGUUCCGACCCGGAGAAUAGAAUCACAGUCGUGGAAAGAUAUCCGGGAAUCCGGCAUAACGGGUUGCAAAUCGACCUUCGAGCAUGGGGCGUGCCGAUCAUGAAGCGGCUUGGACUUAUCGAGGCUGUGAAGGAAAAAGUCGUGCACGAGAGCGGCAUCACCUUCGUUAAUUCCAAGGGCAGGGAAUAUGGCUUGUUCGGCGCUACAGGCACAGGCACUGGUCAACAAUCUUUCACUAGCGAUUUUGAGAUUCUCCGUGGCGACCUCUCGGAGAUCCUCUACCAAGCUAGUCUCACCGAUGUAGACACAAAAACAGGCGAUAAAAAAGUGCAGGAUGCCCCGGACAGUGAAAACGGACCCGUCAAGUACAUCUUUGGCACAACGGUCACGAGGCUAGAACAAGACGAUAAAGGUGUGGAUGCGACAUUCUCGGAUGGCCAGACGAGGCGGUACGACCUGGUGGUCGGAGCCGACGGGCAAUGGUCGCGAACCCGGCGCAUGAUGUUCGGGGAGGAGGAAGGGAUCGGCAUGUUCAAGCGCAUGAGGAUAUACAUCGCAUACUUCAAGGUUCCCAAGCUGCCCGAAGACGGCGAUGUGGCGCGCUUCUACCACGCCGGCCAGGGGCGCAGCAUCGCGACGCGCUCGGCCGACCGGCCUUUCACCCAAGUGUACAUGAUGAUGGGCACGGACUCGGAGGAGGUGCGGCGAGGGAUCGAGCGGCAGCCGGUCGAGGAGCAGAAGGCCACGUUCGAGAAGAUAUUCCGGGGCUCCGGGUGGACGAUGGACCGCUUCCUCAAGGGGAUGGCCGAAUCGACCGACUUCUACGCCGACUCGAUCGGACAGGUCAAAGCACCUCGCGUGGUUAAGGGCCGCAUCGCGCUGCUAGGGGACGCGGGCUACUGCGCGGCGCCGGUGACGGGUAUGGGCACGACGGUCUCUCUGAUCGGUGCCUGGAUACUGGCUGGAGAGCUGGCACGACAUAACGGCGACGUACCCGCGGCCUUGGAUGCUUACGACGCAAGGAUCCGUCCCUACAUCGAGGAAGCGCACAAACUCCUGCCUGGUGUACCCAAGAUCCAUCUGCUGGAGUCGAGCUGGGCUAUUGCUCUUUUCCACAUUGUCGUGGCAGUUUUCUCGUUCUUUAAAAUCGACAAGUUGCUCGCGCGUCUCAUGCCUGAGGACAAGGGCGGAAUACCGGUUCCGGAGUACCCAGAGCUAAAAGGUGUAUAUCCUGCGUGAAAUAUAGAUGGAUAAGGGGGGAUAGAAGAGGAAGAAAACCUGGCAAGGCAUCUCUCACAUGUGGUAAUCAAGGAACUAAGAAUGUGUUUGAUAUCUUGGAAACUAGGCUCGUCGGGCUUCUGGAUAAUGGUAUAUGGAUGUUUCUAAUGUUUUCAU